AUGGCAGAUUACUUAGCGAGUACAGAAUUAUACGAUCCAUCAACAGAAUCGUGGACAGUGACUGGAACUAUGAGUACAGCACGAUCGUAUCAUACUGCAUCCAUAUUAGCAAAUGGAACAGUCCUAAUUACCGGUGGAGAAACUAUCGAACCUAUUGAAACGAGUGAAUUAUACGAUCCAUCAAUAGGAUUAUGGACAAAGACUGGCAGCAUGAAGGAUGCACGAUAUCAUCAUACUGCAUCUGUUUUAAAAAAUGGGAAAGUAUUAGUUGUCGGUGGAUUUUAUUAUGAUGACGUUUCUACUGCAGAAUUAUACGAUCCAUCAACAGGAUUAUGGACAUAUACUAACAGCAUGAACGAUGCACGACACUUGCACACUGCAUCUGUAUUAGCAAAUGGAAAAGUGUUAGUUGCUGGUGGAAGUAGUAAUGAUGUUGCAUUAAAUAGUGCAGAAUUAUAUGAUCCAUCAACAGGGUUAUGGAUAGUAACUGGCAGUAUGAAUCAUGCACGAUAUUCGCAUACUGCAUCUGUAUUAGCAAAUGGAAAAGUGUUAGUUGUUGGUGGAGAAUCAGAUGAUGAUUUUUUAAGUAGCGUUGAAUCUUAUGAUCCAUUAACAGAAUCGUGGACAAAAAUCAGAAGUUUGAAUAUUAAACGACGGCUUCAUACUACAUCUGUAUUAACAAAUGGAAAAGUUUUAGUGGUUGGUGGAACUGGGGAUUGGUCUUACUUGAAUAGUGCAGAACUCUAUGAUCCAUCAAUAGAAGUUUGUACAGAUACUAGCAACAAGAAUACAACAUUGGUAUUAAAUAAUGAUAACGUCUCAUCCUUGGGUAAUCGAAAUUAG